GCUCUCUUAUUUUAUUUUUCUAUUUUUUUUUUUUGCCCAUUUUUUCGGUUCUAUUUUCUCCGCAGAUUCCUUCCUCCUUCUCUUCUCCCACUCUGCCGUGUUAUACUUUGUAAUUAUGUAACAAAUUACGCGUUUUUGGUCUUCCUUCGUUUAUAUUAGCAUAUUGGAAAUGUUUCCUAUUUUUGGAAAAAAGAAGAAAGAUGAAAAACUCGCUUUUGAUUUCACUUCUCGGCAAUGCCGACGCCACAAUGCGUGUGGGAAGUGCCCUUAAAUCGCGAUGUGUGAUGCUUUGUCUAGCACUCUUCACUUCUAAGUUUGUCUUUCGUGUCUGUGUCUGAUACGCAUGUAUAAAUAAAUAAAAAUAUAUUUUUGUCGAAGCAAUUGGGAUUUUGUGGGCAAAGGCUAUUCGAUCAUAGUUUUUAGCAAUUAGAAAUGGAUUUAGAAGAGAAGUUCCAUGCUAAAGUUUCUGGUGUUCAAAGUCUUUCUUCCAGUGUGCAAAGUACUCCAGAAAAAAAUGGCCAUUCAGAUGGUGCUUCAAAAAGUUCAGAACUCCUUCAGCAGUUCCUAAAAUGUUGUCCAAAGAAGGAACUUCUUCAAAUGUGUUUUGAUAAGGACAAAAAAAACAUUUCAUCAAAAAGCAGGAUGACUGAAACGAAGUCAACCAGUAAGAUAAUUAAGAAACAGGACACAAAAAAAGUUUCUAGUUUCAGCCAUCAGCCCUCUAGAAAGCAACCUCGGAAGGGUGAAAACCCCACUCGACUUGUACCUCCUCCAGACCAGUCUUCUGAUUUUGGCCAUUCAAACACCUGGAUCUGUAAAAAUGCUGCUUGUAGGGCAGUUCUGUCCAUAGAUGACACAUUUUGUAGACGAUGCUCUUGCUGUAUUUGUCACCAUUUUGAUGAUAACAAGGAUCCUAGUCUCUGGUUGGUAUGCUCAUCUGAAUCUACUCAAGGGGACUCCUGUGGGUUGUCUUGCCAUAUUGAAUGUGCCCUUCAACAUGAAAAGGUGGGAGUUGUUGAUCAUGGGCAGCUAAUGCAACUAGACGGUGGUUAUUGUUGCGCAUCCUGUGGUAAAGUUACUGGGAUACUUGGAUGCUGGAAGAAGCAGCUAAAUAUAGCAAAGGAUGCUCGGCGUGUUGAUGUACUCUGUUACAGGAUAUAUUUGAGCUACAGACUCUUGGACGGAACCUCAAAAUUCAAAGACUUGCAUCAAACAGUACAGGAGGCAAAGACUAAACUGGAGACAGAAGUUGGUCCUGUCAAUGGUGUUUCUGCCAAGAUGGCUCGAGGCAUAGUCAGCAGACUCCCUAUUGCCAGUGAUAUACAGAAACUUUGCUCUCUUGCUAUUGAGAAAGCUGAUAGCUGGCUUGCUACCGUUCCCAAUGUAAAUCCAGAUUCCACAGGGGGUUCACUUCCUGCUGCUUGCAAGUUUAUUUUUGAAGAGGUAACAACUUCCUCAGUCAAAAUCAUUUUAAUUGAAAUGUCAAAUACAUGUUUUGAGGAAAUUAAGGGAUACAAGCUCUGGUAUUACAAGAGUCGGGAAGAAUUACCCACUAAAGAUCCUGUUUCCUUGUUUCCCAAAUAUCAGAGGAGGAUUUUGAUAUCCAACCUCAAGCCUUGCACACAAUAUACUUUUCGGAUUAUAUCUUACACUGAUACCUGUGACUUGGGUCAUUCUGAGGCUAAGUGUUUCACCAAGAGCAUCGAGAUAAUUAAAAACAAUCCCUCUUCGUCUGCUGCUAUGAAUCAUGAAAAAGAGAACAUUCUAACUAGGGGCAAUUCUUCGGGCUCGAGGGUGGGGCCCAAUGCUACAAUGGAAGGCUAUGGAUUCAAGGUUCGAGACCUUGGGAAAAUUUUGCGCCUUGCUUGGGCUCAAGAACAAGGUUACUUCGAAGAGUUUUGCUGUGCCAAUGUGAAAAAUUGCUGUGGACAAAGUGAAACGGACAAGCCUAGAAUUCCAGAAGCACAGUUACCUUCAGUUUCACGAGGCCUUGAUUUAAAUGUUGUUUCCGUGCCUGAUUUAAAUGAAGAGCUAACACCUCCUUUUGAGUAUUCUAGGGAUGAAGAUAAUGGUUGCUCUUUGCUGCAAGCUGUUGAGGCAGACGAUGAUGCUGCUUCUCAUGAUCUAGAGAAAAAUGGUUUGGCAAGAUCACAUGGGAGUGGUGAUUCCCAAACCUGGGCCCAUGGACCAGCAGGAGAAGUGUCUGCUGUUGAUUCUCGCAUAGAUAUGUGCAGGAGGAAAAGGAUAGCAAGCACAAUAGAAGAGACACAUGACUGUGACAGCACAUUGAUAAAUGGUUCUCCUUUACGCAUAUCUGAUGGUUCGUGUACCUUGGAUGAGAACUUUGAGUAUUGUGUGAAAGUAAUCCGUUGGCUAGAAUGUGAGGGUCACAUCAAACAGGAAUUUAGGUUGAAAUUGCUAACAUGGUUUAGUUUAAGGGCGACAGAGCAAGAACGCAGGGUGGUUAAUACCUUCAUUCAAACUCUUAUCGAUGAUCCAAGUAGUUUGGCAGGGCAACUGGUAGACUCUUUUUCUGAUAUUAUAUCCAACAAGAGGCAAAGAAAUGGAUUCUGUAGUAAAGCCGUGGCAUCAAAUUAAGGGUGAUCGCGUUAUACAAGUUUAUCAUAUGCUUCAACCUUUCCAUUUAUCAGUGUCACAAAAAAUCACCACCUCUGAUUGUCUUCCUUGUACAGGCAUUUUUUUUAAAACUAAUCAUCUUCCAAGGGAUUCAUUUUUAUUGCAGGCAAGUUUUGUCUUGCUAAAAGGAUUUGCUUCGAUGAUCGCAAAAACAGUAACUCAUUUUUCCCAGGUGGGGGGAUUUAUGGACAUGAAGUUUCAAGAUGUAGGAGGCAUUAUGCUAUUUCUAAAUUGCUGCAAUUAUUUUCAGUAAUGAAUUUAAUUACGGAAGAUAUUAUUUUCGUAUUGAAACUCUCUUCUCAUAACCUUUAUUUGAAGAAGGUACGUUAUUCAAUUGCUGAUUUGAUUUAUUCACGUCAUCUUUGUUGUUCACCGCACUAUGAACUGGCAAAUGAAAAUGUUGGUACUAGUAUUUUCA